AUGAAGGCACCCACGGUUAUCCUUCUCGUUCUACUUUCCCUACUUAUCACCACCGCUCAAUCAAGGGGCAAAAACGUAACUUCAAACUACAGUCUAACCAAACACUCAGCUCUAGACUCCGGCGGUACUCCGGCCAUUAUGACAAUCAACAGCUUUGAGAAGGGCGGAGAUGGUGGUGGGCCGUCGGAGUGUGACGGGGAAUACCACUCGAAUAACUUUUUGAUUGUGGCAUUAUCGACAAGGUGGUAUAAUAAAGGGGAAAGGUGCUUUGAUUAUAUUAAUAUUUAUUACAAUGGUAAUAGUGCACGAGCUAUGGUGGUCGACGAGUGUGACUCAAAUAGGGGUUGUCGUGAUAAUAUUGUGGAUGCAUCUUACGCCGUUUGGUUAGCUCUCCAGGUGUCGCAAAGUGAUUGGGGGCAAACAGGCAUUACUUGGUCAGACGCGUGA